CAGUCCGCCUGCUGAUGCUGCUGUCUGCGCUGUACGGCGGCACGCUCCGCCUCUGCCACACGACGCUUUCCGCCUGCGUCUCGCUGUCGGACUUGCUCCACGUGUCUGAGAUCACCCGCGCGCACACUCACUCCAGCCACCCAGCAGGGCCACUUACUGCUGCUGCUGCGACCGAGACGACGACCACUCAUCAGGCACCUGCCGCCGAGCCUGCUGCUGCUGCUGCUGCUGCUGCUGCUGCUGCUGGGCAAUCCGUCUUCAGCACGGGUUUCAGACUCGCUGAGCUGGCACUGCGCCUCUUGUGCCAGUCGCUGCUGUUCUCAUCGCCCGUCGCGCGUCUCUCGCUGCGAAACUCGACUGCCAAGAGCGCCGCAUCGUCGUCGUCGUCGUCGUCGUCGGCGGCGGUGGCGGUGGGCGUCGCUGGUCCUGGAUCGCUCGCCGAGCUGAAGGCCGACGUCCAGGCGAUCGCUGCCCAGGGCAAACUGCCAGUCCACAUUGCAUUUGUCGUGCACAAGGAGCAACUGCUGCUGGACUCUGGCGCUGCUGCUGCUGGAGAGCGACGAGGCGACUCGAUCUCAACUCUGACAUGUCCUACUUCCGCGACUACCUCGCUUACACCCAGCCCAAAUACCUCGAUUCCAGCUGAUAAGCCGCACAGCCAUGCCCACAGCCAUGCUAGUCAGAAUUGCUCGGCAGACGGGAACGAAUCACUGCACUCAAACAUCAAUUCCGCAGCCAUCGAGCAGCUGGCAGACGCCGCCGCCUGGGCAAUUGGUGCCGGCGCCCGGUAUGUCUCAGUGUUUGACGACGGCGGCAUCCUCAAAUCACACGAAAUGGAAUUGUCGGCAGCCCUCCGUCGAACCGUUGCCGAGGACUUGAAUGCGGGCGAGUUGGCCGUCUCGAUUCAGAUUAGCUCAACGGACUCUGAUGCUGCAUUGGCAAAAGAUCGCCCUGUUGUGUAUAUUCUGUCACCCAUGGACGGACGAACACCAAUAGUAGAUGUCGCCUUGCAUCUGGCCAAGUCAGUGCAAUCGAAAAAGCUGCAGCUCAGCGAGAUUGAUGUGCCUCGGUUUACGAGUUUAAUGCAAGACAUGAUUCCGUUGCCAGAACCGGAACUGCUCUUCCAAAUUGGUCGCACUCAUUCGCUGGUCGGGUAUCUACCCUGGCACAUCCGAGUGACUGAAAUUUUCCACAUUCGCGACCUCGAGUAUUGGAAUUACGCCAUGUUCAUUCACUUGCUUCACUUGUAUAGCAAAUGCGAGCAGCGAUAUGGAAAGUAGUGAACAUGCAUGGACUUGUGGAAUUUCGAUUGAUUGCAUUUAUUAAACCAAAAAAAUAACCAUCUCUUGCCUCA